AUGUGUCCCCUCAGAGAGCCCGAUUUUUCGAGCAAUCCGGCUACGACUGAGACGCAGCGGGCUGUGAACAUUUCGCGCUCAGCCCCACGUGGGCAAUCUUUGCCUACGCCCAAACCGCUCAACACUGCUGACCCAUCCACCCAAUACACCCUUCUCGAGAGGCUGGGUACGGGAAGUUUCGGGACUGUCUUCAAAGCCAUACACAAUGACAGUCAACAAGUGGUAGCCAUCAAACAUAUCGAUCUGGAGGACUCUGACGAUGAUAUCAGCGAAAUCCAACAAGAGAUUUCGCAUCUUGCGCAAUGUGAUUCAGAGUACGUGACGCGAUAUUAUGGUAGUUUUGUGAAGGGAUAUAAGUUAUGGAUUGUGAUGGAAUAUUUAGCUGGAGGCUCAUGUCUCGACUUACUCAAACCGGGGCCAUUCUCGGAGGCUCACAUUGCCGUAAUAUUGCACGAACUGCUUCAUGGACUUGAAUAUCUGCAUUCUGAAGGCAAGAUCCACCGGGAUAUCAAAGCGGCUAACGUGUUGCUUUCUUCAGAGGGAAAAGUGAAGCUAGCCGACUUUGGCGUUGCUGCUCAACUUUCGAAUACACUUCGGCACACGUUCGUGGGAACACCAUUCUGGAUGGCGCCCGAAGUUAUUCGCCAAACUGGAUACGAUUUCAAAACUGACAUAUGGUCUCUCGGAAUCACUGCAAUAGAGCUUGCGAAGGGUGAACCGCCAUUGGCGGAAUAUCACCCGAUGCGAGUGUUAUUUCUCAUUCCAAAAGCACGUCCUCCCUCGCUGGAGGGGCCGUUCUCGUCAGCAUUCAAGGAAUUUGUUUCCCUUUGUUUAACCAAAGAUCCCACCGAGCGCCCUUCUGCUGUUGAGCUUCUUCAACAUCGUUUUCUUUGUGGUGUCCGAACAAUUGCAAGUUUAACUGAGCUCAUAGAGAGAUCUCGUGAUUUCCGUGCCCGUAAUCCAAACAAGCCAUCCAUAAUAGCUCAACCAACCAUCAAGGCAACUGAAGGGACACUCCGUGCACCUCCAACAUUUCCAUCGGACACUAAUGGAACUGUUGAAAGCGCGUGGAACUUUGAUACAAUGUCGAGUGACUUCAGCAUGCUCACUGUUGGGAGCGUGCGCGAUGGCGAGUACCCCUAUGAUGCAAAUGGUCUUGCGGGGGAGCCCUUUGAGCGACCGGCGCCGCGGCUGGGGAUGAACGCGGAUGCCGUACACUCAACUAUCAACAUAAAGGACAAUGUCUUUUUCGGGAGUGGUUCUCCAAUGGGCGACGAAAUACGAGGAGGUGCGGCCUCACCUCCGGCGAAUGUGCCGUCGUCCCCAAAGUCUGGGAGAUCGAGUUAUCGCGCACGUCAAGAUCCGCGUGGAACAGCUAUAUGUGAAGCUGACCUCGGGGAAGGUCGCAACACCCUUCGACCUGUCAAACGAGUUGAUACGGCAUCAUCACUCCGCCUCUCCGAAGGGUUCGUUGGUAUCACCAGAAGCUCGGGAAGUGAUGAAAACCAAUCUGAGCCUCUUCCUCCCCCCGCAUCAGGGAGUGUUCUGCGGAAGAAGUCGAUAGGCGCGAUACGGAGAGCCUCUGCGACGAUCCCAAGCCCGAGCGCAGUGACAGGAGCGGACAUUAUCACCCAGGUCGUUUUGCCUCGAUUAGAAUUAGCUGUCAAGGAUGACAUGGACGCUCGCGAAAUCGAGUCCCUCAAUGUGUUGUCGCGUGGCUUUACAGAACUGGGUGCUGCGAGCCCGGAACUUGCAUAUAAUGUUCUACUUGACAUUCUGUCUGGCAUCAAUGAUAACAACUCAAUAAGACAACACAUCAGCACCAAACGUGGUCUCUUCCCUCAUCGUCUUGUGCGGCGAGAAGCUGAAAUGACCCCUCGUGGUCUCGCUGUUGUGGAACACGAGGAGAAUGCCAAUCCUAUCCCAUCGCCGCCUCGCUCUCCACCUCCCUCGCCGGCUCAGGAAAGAAGUCCUAUUGCAGAACUUCUGUAUAUGCGCUGGCUUGAGGGCCUAAAACUCAAGUGGCCUAACUUGGCAUAG